AGCCCAAAUCCUUGCUUUGCUUUGCUUUGGUUUUUCUUUUCUUUUUCCCCAUUCCAUUCGGUGUUUGGAAGCCAAGAAACUUGACAAUGGCGGAGCACUUGGCGUCGAUAUUUGGUACGGAGAAGGACAGGGUCAACUGUCCCUUCUACUUCAAGAUCGGAGCUUGCCGGCACGGUGACCGGUGCUCGAGGCUCCAUACCAAGCCCAGUAUCAGCCCAACACUUUUGCUCUCAAACAUGUACCAGAGGCCUGACAUGGUCACACCUGGAAUCGACGCCCAGGGUCAGCCCAUCGACCCCAGAGACAUGCAGAGGCAUUUUGAGGAGUUCUAUGAAGAUCUGUUUUUGGAGCUCAGCAAGUAUGGGGAAAUUGAAAGUCUGAAUGUCUGUGAUAACCUUGCUGACCACAUGGUGGGAAAUGUGUACGUUCAGUUCAGGGAGGAAGAACACGCUGCAAAUGCAAUCAGGAACUUGAGUGGAAGAUUUUAUGCUGGCCGUCCAAUCAUCGUUGACUUCUCUCCUGUGACGGAUUUCCGUGAAGCCACUUGCAGGCAGUACGAGGAGAAUACAUGCAACCGUGGUGGAUACUGCAACUUUAUGCACCUGAAAAGGAUUGGGAGGGAACUGAGGCGUGAGCUAUUCGGAAGCUAUCAUAGAAGGCGUAGCCGGAGCCGGAGCAGGAGCCGGAGUCCUUACAGGCAUAAGAGCUACGAAGAUCGCUCACAUGGAGGGCGUUCACAUAGCAGAAGGCAUGAUGAGAGAGAUCAUUACUAUGAAAGUAGGAGUAAGAGGCAUAGGAGUGUGAGCCCUGGCCAUAGAAGAGGACGAAGUAGGAGCAGAAGCCCUAGGAGGAAACGCAGUCCAGUUAGAGAAGGCAGUGAGGAGAGAAGAGCUAAAAUUGAGCAAUGGAACAGGGAACGGGAACAGAAAGAAAAAGCUAGUGAGGUUAAUACUGAAGAAAUAAAAAACAAAGGUGAAAAAGGUUACAACGGACAUAUGCAAAAUGGAUACGAUGAGCAGGAGCAGAAGUACUAAUAUAUGUUGUGGUUUGUGGUUCGUUUUCUUCCCAUUCACUUGCACUUCCUCAUGAUUGUUUUACUCUCCUUGCUUAGGACGAAAUUAUGUUUCAGCAAAGACAAACCACAUAAUAAAUUUAGCUUACAGCCCAUUUUCCACUGUGCAGGUGUGUGCAGGUUCACAGUUCUGUGAUAGGGAAAAUGAAAUGUUUUUUCAGUCUCAUGCAUUUCCUUUCGUAGUGGCAUAUCUUUUGUAUGAUUGCUUGAUUGUUUGGUUGAUAUGCUUUGAUUAAUACUUGCCCGUUGCCCCCACCAAUGAUUUUUGUCCCCGACUUUCUUUCCCCUGGAGCUUUUAUCUUCAAACGGGAUUGUCCCCAUUUGAGUGAACCCUUUGUUUUUGUCUUCUAUACUCUACUGCUCUGAGGAUUAUUUAUUUCUCGUUUGUGAAACUAAUGAUCAUAUAAAAAGUAACUCCACUCUGCAUAUGAAAUUGAAGUUGCUCAAAAUCAUAAGUUCAAAUAUGUCUUGAAAAUUCUUUUGCAGUAAAUAAUAUAUGCUUCUGUUUUUGAUUGACAAAAUUUUCUAUAAUUUCAUCAUUAAUGAAAUCAGGAUUUACUUAAAAUUCUUUAGAAAUAGCGAACUCAUCCCCAAAGAAGAAUUUUGUUUGUUUUGUUUGUUCGUUUGCUUGCUGUUUACCAUUAUUUGUGUACUAGUUUCUCACUUAACUGUUGCAAUAUGACUUACUUUGAUUGUAUAAAAAUUCAAGAUUUCAGUGGUCUUCUGCUCAUGUCUUUGGAAUUGCAAAUGACAAGGGUUACAAGAUUGAGUGAUGAUUUGGUGGGGGGAAAAAAAGAGACAAAACUAGUUUUGUUUGUUUGCAAUGCAACUUACUCCCGUUUGAUUCAUCAUUUAUCACACAUUUGUUUUACUUUUGGUAAAUUCAUCCCUCCUUUCUGGUCAAACUGUGAAUUUCCUUCAGCAGCUUCUUUUUUUUUAUUUUUUUUUUAAAUUAUUUAUUUAUUUAUUUAUUUUUUGAGUGGGUUUGUUUGAUCUGAAUUUUCUUUCUUGAUAAUACACAGUAUCAAUGGAUACCGUGUCAGUGUUUUCUUACGUAUUUUAUUCCAGUGUUGCCUUGUCUUCAUGAGAGUCUUGGUUUGAUUGUUGCGUUGAGUGUACACAUGCAUUAUUUUACAGUCAGGGAUUUUGUGACCAGAGCACAUGAAGGCUAAUGAACGAUCAAAAUUCUAUCUUGGGUUUUGUUUUCUUAACUCUCUUUUUCGUUUAAUAUUUCUAACCUUUCUCAAAAGAUUUUUAAGAAUAAUCACGAUCUUACAAAACCUUUUACAAGUUUUUGCAGGUUCAGGUAUCCCUGCUUCUAAGGUCCGAGACGUUUUGUUAAUUGCAGCUUACCAUGGGAUUUCUUUACAGGUUGUUGGUGCAGCGUGUUAGGAGAAUGAGGGAUGAAUAUCAGUCAGGUUACCUAGAACCUUGAAAGGUAGCAGCUUCCAAGUUUCAGUGACCACAACAAACUGGUUUAUGUUUCUACUAGAAUGUGUGCUGGUCCCCUGGCAAGUUCCUAGUGGAAGCAGUAGUAUUACUCUUUCUUUUAUCUUAUUUUUUUACGGACAAAAGUAAUCUUCUUUGUUGUAGUACUCCGUCUGAUCUGUAUUAUCAUUUUGGAAGCAGUAAUAUAUUUACACUGUUGGACCAUUAAUUUCAA